GGUUUGGUAUCUAUUCGCUAUCUGCCAUUCUGCCUGUCCGAGUGCCUGCCCGCUUAGAGUGUUAGUUCUCUUUCGUCUCGGUAUCUGUUCUUAUAAAAUUUAAUUUGUAAUAAUGGCAAAUAUAGCAGCGAAACGCAUAAAACGAGAAUUCAAGGAGGUCAUGAAAAGUGAAGAGGUAGCAGGCGGUAGCAUUAAAUUGGAGUUGAUUAACGACAGCUGGACAGAGCUCCAAGGCGAGAUAGCUGGUCCUCCGGACACACCGUACGAAGGUGGCACGUUCUUACUUGAGAUCAAGGUGCCGGAGACAUACCCAUUCAAUCCGCCAAAGAUUCGCUUUAUGACAAAGAUCUGGCACCCUAACGUGUCGUCGGUAACUGGCGCUAUAUGCUUAGACAUACUCAAAGAUCAAUGGGCGGCUGCCCUCACGCUGCGCACAGUGCUGCUCUCGAUCCAGGCACUUCUGUCAGCCGCAGAGCCGAACGACCCGCAAGAUGCUGUCGUGGCUAAGCAAUACCGUGAAGAUAUACGGCUUUUUAAUCUGACUGCUAGUCACUGGACCAAUGUCUAUGCUGGAGGGCCUACCGUCAUCUGGGAAUUCAAUCAGAAGGUUCAAGUAUUAAUAGAUAUGGGCAUCGACGAAGAUCAAGCUAGGGUAGCACUUUCUACAUUUGAAUGGGAAAUUGAGAGGGCCACAGAACAUCUCUUUAGUUAAGUAUUUUCUAGUUGACAACCAGUGGAGCCAACAAUGCUGGCUAUAAUGUAAUUUGAUUAAAACACAGAGUUACAAUUACUGUUAUUCUCCAAUGAAUUUCCUGUGCUAACUCAAAUAAUUAUGUAAUCAAUAAACUACCUGGACAUAAUUCCGUGUAAUCAAAUAUUAGGAUGAUAAUUUGUGUCGUUACUAUCAUUGUUGAUCUUGAUGUUGUCAGUGGUCACUACAUGUGAAAUAAUUCUAUUAACAUUAUUACGUUUUCAUAUUAUAUGGAACUGUUUAAAUAGACUAUGCUGAGAAAAUGGCAUUAGCAUAUAGGAUAUUUUCAUCAAUUUCUACUUCACGUUAGUUUAGGGAUUUCUUUAUUUACCACGAAUGCUUCACAAUGAUGCAAGGAGUUUCAUAAGUCUGACUGAUGCAAAUCUUUAAUAUCUUGACAGAACAAUUUCGCAUGAUGACUAGUGGGUAUGGUACGUGUUUUCAUCCUGAGCUUAUUGUUCAAAACUUUGAUAUAUAUUUUAUUAACAAAUCGAAUUCUAUUUACUAUCAAUAAACAAUAUUUAAAAAAUAAACCAGAUGUUAUCAGGCUACUCUGAAAAGAUACAAAAUCAAAGGUCAGUCUAACUAAUGAGCCAUUGGUUCUGUUUUUUUAUUAUAUCAAAAUAGUGUAUGUGAGAUUGAAGAACUUUAAGUUAUAUAUUUUGUAUUUUCAUAUACCUAGUUAUCAUUUGUAUGAAAUUUAGACUUGAUCAUGAAUGAUAGUUUUAUUUUGUCUCGGUGUUUGUUUGAUUGCAGAAUCAAAAUGGCAGCAUUCUGACCUUUUCUCGAGAAUAUUAAUUAAUGUAAUAGUAUCAUAGUUUAGGUCCUAGAUAAUAAAGAUUCAAUUUGUUAUUAAUGUGGAUUCAUGUAAUGAUUGUAUUUACUCCAUUACAUUUUAAUAGAUGAAGUUAUAGAGUGAACGUUAAAACCCUGGGAAUAUUAGAUGUUGUGUAUUAUAUGUAUAAUUUAUUAUAUAUAUCUCUAAAAGUAUUGAACUUGUUGUUGCAAAUAAAACAAAAUUUGAUGCUAUCCAUUUAACAACGAAUUUUUGUUGCAUAUUAUAAUAAUGAGUACUUCAAUAUCCCUGUGUGUGUAUAUUUGUUUUUACUAUUACUUUAAACCGUCGUUAAAAUGGGGGAGGUUCUUUUCAUAAAUUAUUAAGGUACUUUACAAUAUAUUACAUGGUGUAUCAAAACAGUAUACAUUCCUUUCAAAAUAAUUGGAAUGCCGUCCUCAUAAUUAUAAAUUUGAAUUAUAAAUAUAAUAAUUUGACGAUGUUUACAAGUGAAAUGUUAGUUGACGGAUAUUUAUUUUGAAUGAAAAUAAAAUUGACGUACCUUACGUUUCAUAGGCAUAAAGUACGUUAUGCCAGGAUGACUAGUAAUGUUAUGUUAUACAAUACCAUUCAGAAAAUUUAGGUAACUACUCCACAGAAAUAAUAUUAAUAAUUACUUUUUUUCCAUUUAUUUACCUAGUAAUCUGGCAAUGAUGACUAAAGAAAAGAAAAAAAAUUUGAUCAUUUAUUGGAUAGUUUGAUGAUAUAAGACAAAAUGACAAGAUUUUGAUAAAUUGAAAAUUGAUUUUGUUAUUUGGUACUAUCGACAAAUUUAUAUUAUGACCCACUUUCAAAGUCAAAGUUAUUUUCUUACUUAUUCAUUAUUAAUUCAAAAUUCCCGUAUAAAGCAUAACAUUUUUAUAGUAGUGUCUUGAUAUGUCAUUUAAUUACCCUGAAAAUCACUUGUUACAAACCUCCCAUUUUUAUUUAAGACUUUGACUGCCAAUAAAAAACUGUAGAAGGUAAAUCCUCCGCUACCGCCGGUCACCGGUUAAUCCUAUGGCGUUUAACGUGUUAAACUCAAACACGAGGACGGUAAAUGACGUAAACAAAAUAUAUAUAAAAAAUAAUAAUAUUUUGUUCUCAUUUUUUUGAUAUUAAUAAAAAUACGUAAGCCUAAAUGUUUGUUUCCCAACAAAAGAUACACCUACAUGCUGUAAUAUAAUCCCCUAGACAUAAUAUACCUAAAUCAUACAAAUAUAAUUAUUGGGAAACUAUAUAAGAGUAACAAUAACACAAAACAAAAUUCAG